CUGGUUGAGAUCAGUAAACAGGCGAGAGUGGAGGGGGGGAGUUACAGAGCAGUCUCCUGCGAGCGCGCGCGCACACACACACACGCUGCCUUCGGGAAAAGAUCAAUUUCUUUCGCUCUGAUCCCCUUGAAAGUCUCGGAAAAGUUUCGGUUUCGUCCCUCCCUGCCCGCCCCUGCAGAGUUCGGGUAAUGCCUGCUGGUAUGUUCACCAUCGACAACAUCCUGGCCGCCAGACCCCGCUGCAAGGAGUCGGUCCUGCUGCACCAGGGCGCCGCGCCCGUGGUGUUCUCCAACCUGCAUGGGGACUCCCUCUACGGCACCGAUUACAGCGGAUUUUACUCCCGGGCGGUGGCCCCCGCUUCCAAUCUGCCCGCGGUCAGUGGAUCUAGGAUUGCCUACAACAACUACUACUACGGGCAGCUGCAUGUGCAGGCGUCCCCCGUGGGUCCUUCGUGCUGCGGGGCCAUGCAGCCUCUGGGCGCGCAGCAGUGUUCGUGCGUCCCUGCAACAGGCUACGAGGGUACUGGGUCAGUCCUGAUGUCGCCUGUGCCCCACCAGAUGUUGCCGUAUAUGAACGUGGGCACCUUGUCCCGGACUGAGCUGCAGUUACUGAACCAGCUGCACUGCAGGAGGAAAAGACGACACCGAACUAUCUUCACUGACGAGCAGCUGGAAGCGUUGGAAAACCUCUUCCAGGAAACUAAAUACCCAGAUGUGGGCACCCGGGAACAGCUGGCCAGGAGGGUGCAUUUAAGAGAGGAAAAAGUGGAGGUUUGGUUCAAGAACCGCCGGGCAAAAUGGAGAAGGCAAAAGAGAUCCUCUUCCGAGGAGUCAGAAAACGCACAGAAAUGGAAUAAAGCUUCCAAAACGUCCCCAGAAAAGAGGCAAGAAGAAGGGAAAAGUGAUUUGGACUCCGAUAGUUGAUACCUUGCAAAUGGACCCUUGUCGUGGACUGUGGGACUUGCACAAAAGGAUGCUACUUGCACACACUCUGCCUUGUUGGAGGGAAAAGAGAUCUGUAUAUAGUGUACAUUACCCCGAGAUGAUUGCUUGUAAAUAAAAUAAGUUGCGGAGGUGUUGCACAGGUAUACGCCGGCCCCUUUAUUUACCUUUGUGCUAUUUACAGAUACUUUAAUCCGAUGGUGGUGACAUAUUUUUCCUUAAUCUAGAAAAAGGGGCGUUUGCCGUUAUUUAUUUAUUUACUAGUUUGGAAAGAGUGGAAGAUACGGUGUUGUAAAUGGUACUAAUUUGUAACCGAUUAAUUAAUUUCAGCGUGUGACGUGGUUUGAAUUUAUCAGCAGGCGCGAGACACGAUUAAAAAAGAAAUCAAACCUUUUUUUAUUUUUUAAAUACGGGCGACGGAAGACUCCACCUGUGAACCGUUGCAACCGCCUAAAUGCACCGUAACUUCGAAUACGGUUUGGUGGGUUUCCUUCAGUAAUGGUUACUGUCGUCCCAUAGCGGUACCAUUCGUUGUCGAAGCUGAUGGCUCUUUACCAGGAGCGCCCAGCAAUCGUUGGGUGACUAAGCUUGUCUGCAAAACCCCCCACGUCCUCAUAUAUCAACUAGGGUGAUUAAUGCGUCAGCCUGAGGCGCUGGUAUCACUUUUGAAAUGGGUACGGUGUUAAAUGCCCGCCUGCGGUGUCUAGCGGGGGCUGCUCUGGAAGUCAGGGGAGGGCGAGCAAGCCCCCAGAA